UUGAAAACCAAAAUUUAAAUUUAUUGUGCGUUUUUUUAAGAAAAUAAAUGUCCUUUAAAAAUUACUUGGCACAAUCACAGUUCUACGAGAUUUGUAUGUUUACAUUUAUGACGAUAGAAAUGAGUAAUUUAUUAUUUUGCGUUAAGCUUGCCGAAGGCCGCGCUUCAAAAAAAUAAGCCUGGUCGGUCCAACACUAGGGUGUCCAUAUGUUUUUUGCGUCGAACGUAACUGCACACAUAUCUAUAGAAAAAUGUGUACAAAGUGUCUAAAACAUAGCGUGUAUUACUUUUACAAUUUUUAAACAUUACAAAUAUCUUGAAAAUUAUAAGUAAGGCGCGUAUAUGUAUACAUUUUUUAAUCCAGAGGACCACCCCUAUCCUUCCAUACCAUCAGACCGCGGCGCCAAAGUAAUCGUAAUUUUUAAAAUAUUAAAAAAGUAAAUUGAGUAUUUUUAUAAAAAAAGUUGAAUUCUAUUAUCUCAGAUCAGGACUUUCUUUGUCCCGUAUAUUAGGUUUUGCUUCUGAUUGGGCCAUUUAAACUCCAAAACGACAUAAAUACUUGAGUUCAUUAUUGGUAAAUAUAUUUUUUAAGUAGAUUAUGGGGCAUUCAAGAUACGAAGAUUAUUUUCUAUAGUUAAUAAACACGUUUUAAUUUACUAGUUUUAGAAAUAUGACAAAUAAAGCAUUUGCUUUCGAUAAGUUGUAUAUUAUAUAAUAUGUGUUUAUUAGGAUCUGUUAGGGCAAUUUUUAAAAAAAUUAUUUGUUGCAUUUACUAUUUGGCUAAUUCGGAGCGACGUCAAAAACAAAAUUGAAAAUUUUAAAACGAAAAGUGUAUCGGAAUUGGAAUUUUAAAAUUGAGUUAACAUUGGGUACAUAUACUGUCGAAAAAAUCUAUUUUUGGUAUAUGAUUGAAGAUUUUUCAUAUACAUAUAUAUAUUUUCUUCAAUUAUGAUGAAUCUUGCAGCUCGUUUUUUUUACCAUAAAAUCCUUAAACCGUUCGGAGUCAGCUUUAAAUUUGUUUUUUAAUUUUAAAAUAAAAGGGAAUAAAACAUGAAUUAAAGAGAGUUCUUAAUGUUUAUUGUUGUAUUGAACAGACAAAAAUACACAUAUAUUUUUAUUAUGAUUUUAAAACAACAAUUUUUAAAAGGGAAUCCUUAAUACGGGAUUAAAAAAAUAGAAUAAUACCAAAUAACGAGGAUAUGAAUUAAAAAUUAUUUAGUUAAAAAAAAAUUAAUACGAAAAACCGGAUUAAAAAUUUAAUUUUACUAUAUACUAGGUUGAAAAAAUAAUAAUCCUAAGCAUAUAAUUAAUUAUAAAUUAUAAAAUUCACAACCCUAAUGGUUUUAACUCAAGAUGUCAAAAAUGAGUAUUUUGAGUGAAAACUGAAUGCUAAUAGAAGGUAAAUUAUGUAGUGAAAAAACAUCAAAAUGUAACAAGAAAUUCAUAAGAAUUUAUUUGUAAUCAUGGAUUAGAAAAUAUUUUCAUAAGAAGAAUCAAGUUCUCAAGUAACAUUUCCUUAUAUAAUUGAACUAUGAUUUUUAUAUACAGACAAAAUUAGAUAAAUACAAAAUAUAUAAUAAAGGUAUCAUUUCACAGUACAAACAUGAGCAAAUCUGUUUUGAAUUAUUCAUACUCGUCAAGUCUAUUAUACAUUAAUUCGCUACAUUUGCAUUCUAAUAGAGUUGCCAGCGGCCCAGAGUAUUUUUAAUAAGAAUGUUUAACGAUUUUAUAUAUUUAUAUAAGUUAGCAUUCAUUAUUAUUAAUAAUAGUCAGCUACCUACCUAAUAAUAGCUACCUACGUUAGCAUAACCGUUUUGGAACACAGAAGAAUAUUAUUACUAAAUAAGUUUUAAUACUGCUGUAAGUUUAAAAUAAAGUAUACUAUUAUUGUAGUGAAAAUUUAAUAAAUAUUUCCCUUGAAUUGUAAAAACUUAAAAGUAUUGCUAUAAAUCAAAUUCCUGAAGUGGGUAAAUUUUUACCAAUAGCUUGCAAUUGAUUUACAAAUUUAGUCAUGUAAAAAGUGCUUAUGGUAGCACUGUCUAUCCGAAGUCAGCCGUUUCCUGUCGCUUGCUGGCAAAUCAAAUUUAUCACAUCCAAUUAGUUCGUGUUGGUGUUAUAGAAAGAUAAAUUUUAAAUUGCUGUCUACCAAACUGAACACCUGAAAAAAUGGCUACUUAUCUCCAACCGAAUUGUGAAAAUGAAAGUCAAUUACUAAAUACCAAUAUGGAAACUAUUUCGGAAGAAUUGAGUUCAUUGCUUAUUGGUGGCGAAUUAGAUUCUCUUUGUGCAAUUGGAUUUACUGCAACAACAAAAUGUCCUGACGUGGUCGAACUGCCGGUGCCUUACGUAGAUUCUUGUGUUACACAUUUGAGUAAUAACUAUUUGAAAGAUGAAAGUUGUGGAAAUAUGACUGGAGCAGUUGCAAAAGCUCCAGAUAAUUCUCAAACGAUGAACACUAGAGAGGCACACAUGUUGCAGUUAUAUCGUCAAUACAACCAACUUCAAAAUCAGCAAAUGCAACACAAUAACAGAAUACAGCAACAGCGUUUUAAUCUUGCAUCAAAUUUAUAUGAAGCCUCAUCCACACCUCACGCAGUUGCAACAGCACAGCUUCAAUCUGCAAUAACCCAUGGAACUUCUGGGUUGAAUGGUGGCGUAAAUUGCAAUUACAGUUCAUUACCAACUCUAUCUGAGCGAAUUCCACAAAUCUGCUCUUUCAAAGCCACCGAUUUAAAUGAUGUAGUAUCGAAUAAAGCUUCUACAGCGCCUAAAUUCGAAUUUCACUUUCUACGUAACCAAAAUUCCAAUACACUUCACCCGAACGCCAGUGCAGUGCCACUUAUUUCUAGCGCUGUUUUCAAUGAGGGCGAAACUAAUUUCUAUCGUUCUGGAAGCCGCAAUAAUAAUGGAACUCUCAACAAAGUAAACGGCGUUGGUCAACGUAGAUUUUCAAAAUACAACGACAUUUCGAAGGAGCAAGAAAUUAAUUAUGACAAAAUUGUAGUCGAUUUAUCUGUACUUGGCCUACCAUUGGAUAACAAGGAGCCCAACCCAGUCUUGCGUCUAUUUGGUUUACUUCGAAAAAUGCAUUAUUAUUUAAACGACAUUUUACCUUUAAAUGCGUUUGAUGCCGACAUAGAAUUGCAUGCAGGUAAAAUGCAAACAGAUGUACAGACGAAGUGUUCUAUGCCUUGUACCAUGAAUGUGCAAUAUCAAGUAAAACAGGCAGCACGAAAAUGCACGAUUUUUCUGUGUGAAAUGCAACGCAUUUUGAACGCCAACAAAAUGUAUAGCAUGGAGUUGUAUUUGGAUUGUGAACAAUCCUUAAAUAAGUUGCGCAACUUCUUAACACAAUUUGAGACAUUUAAGCGUACUGAAAUGGAGCAUAAACGUGGACAAUUUGUCACCGAACAAGCACGCACUCAAACACAGAUGCUGGAAAAACUCAUACUGCAGCUCAAUGAGCAAAUACGCGAGUCACACAUCUAUGUGCAUGCCUUCAAUUGGGCAGUGGAGCGCACAAAGCGUCCAACAAUAUAUAAUACAGGAAUGAAGCAUGAAAUAGUCACACCAAAUAACAACGAAUGCUUAGUUUAUGGAGAGGCAGCAGUAGCCACUGCAUUUACUAACCGUGAUGUAGUGGGAACUACACAUACAAUGAGCGUAGCCAAUGGUGACAUUGAACAGCAUACCACUGCCGUAGGCGAAACCUAUUUAAGCACUGAUGCCGGUGCUGUUACUAACAUUUUGAAACUCUUACUGAUCGAUGAACCACUCGACACAUUGGCGCCGUUUGAAAGAGUAGUGUAAUUUGAUAUGUACAUUUGUGUGCAAAAAGUUUACAUGUCAUAAAUUUUGUAACUAAUAAUUUUUAAAUUUAAUUUAGACAUUUAUAAUAUAAUUUUUUAGCCAUAUUUAUGUUUUAAUUACACGUAAACUUAUACAUCAAAAUUUGUAUGAUAAUUUUUAUUCAAUUCUACAUUUAUUUACAUACAAAUUUUCAAAUACACUUUUGUGUCGUAAUUUGUUAUAUGUUUUCAAUUUUAUAUUCCAAAUUCUUUAAUUUUAGUACAAAAUUUUAAUUAGUUAUACUUUAAUUCUACAGACUUAUUAUUUGAUUUUAUUAAAAUUUUUAAAGAUAUCAAAUUUUCUAAUUAGUUAUAUGUCUAUAUUGUUAAAUAAUUAUUUCAUAUUCGAGCUGAGUUGUAUUAGUUUUUGCUUUUAAUGAUAACAAUUUAAAAAUUAAAUAUAGCUUCUUGCUAGUUUUUUAUUUUAAAUUUAAUUUAACAAACUUUAUUUAAUUGAGUUUAUAUAAUAUUUGAAAUAGAUAUUUACUUAAAAUAUGACAAUUUAUUAGAUUUUUGUUAUAUAUUACAUAGUCUGAUAUCUUAUAAAAUUUUUUCCAAUAAUAUUAGUAAAAUUAUAUAUAAUAAAAUUAAUUAUUAUAAAAAUAAAAUUAGUAAACUGU